CCCCGCCGUCCUCCCAUCCCCGCGGUCCCCGCUGUCCCUGCUCCGGGUCGCGGCGCUCGUCACGGCCUGCGCGCCCUCCUUCGGCCCCAGAGCCGCCGGCCAGGGAGCCCGGUUCAGCCCCGCCGGCCCCGGGAGGCCGCGCUGCGAGCCCGAGUUCCUGCGAGGCCACCGCGGCGGCGCCCCCGCGCUCUCCCCGCGCAGCAUGGGCAGAUGCUGCUUCUACGCGGCGGGGACGCUGUCCCUGCUGCUGCUGGUGACCAGCGUCACACUGCUCGUGGCCCGAGUCUUCCAGAAGGCCGUGGAUCGCGCGGUGCAGAAGAACGUGGUGUUGCGGAACGGCACCGAGGUCUUUCAUUCCUGGGAGAGUCCGCCGCUGCCCGUGUACACCCAGUUCUACUUCUUCAACGUCACCAACCCGGAGGAGAUCCUCCGCGGGGAGCGCCCUCUGCUGGAGGAAGUGGGGCCCUACACCUACAGGGAAAUCAGAAACAAGGCAAAUAUUCAGUUUGGAGACAAUGGAACAACAAUAUCUGCUGUUAGCAACAAGACGUAUGUUUUUGAGAGAAACCAAUCUGUUGGAGACCCUAAAGUUGAUUUAAUUAGAACAUUAAAUAUUCCUGCAUUGACGGCCAUGGAGUGGACGCGGAACGCGCUGCUCCGGGACAUCAUCGAGGCCGUGCUCAGGACCUACGAAGAGAAGCUCUUCAUCACCCGCCCCGUGCACGAGCUGCUCUGGGGCUACAAGGACCAGCUCCUGUCGCUCAUCCACCCGUUCAGACCCGACAUCUCCCCCUAUUUUGGCCUGUUCUACGAGAAAAAUGGAACUAAUGAUGGAGAUUAUGUUUUCUUAACCGGAGAAGACAGUUAUCUUAACUUUACAAAGAUCGUGGAGUGGAAUGGAAAAACGUCACUUGACUGGUGGGCAACAGACAAGUGCAACAUGAUUAAUGGAACAGAUGGAGAUUCUUUUCACCCACUAAUAACCAAAGAUGAAGUCCUUUAUGUCUUCCCCUCUGACUUUUGCAGGUCUGUGUAUAUAACUUUCAGUGACUAUGAGAGUAUAGAGGGGUUGCCCGCCUUUCGGUAUAAGGUGCCUGCAGAAAUAUUAGCCAAUACAUCGGAAAAUGCUGGUUUCUGUCUCCCUGAUGGCAACUGCCUGGGCUCCGGAGUGCUGAAUGUCAGCAUCUGCAAGAAUGGUGCACCCAUUAUUAUGUCUUUCCCACACUUUUACCAAGCAGAUGAAAAGUUUAUUUCUGCCAUACGAGGCUUGCAUCCAAAUAAGGAGGAUCAUGAGACUUUUGUGGACAUUAAUCCUUUGACCGGAAUUAUCCUAAGAGCAGCAAAGAGGUUCCAAAUCAACAUUUAUGUCCACAAGUUAGAUGACUUUAUUGAAACAGGAGACAUUCAAACCAUGGUUUUCCCAGUGAUGUAUCUCAAUGAGAGUGUUCUCAUUGAUAAAGAGACUGCGAGUCGACUAAAGUCUGUGAUUAACACUACUCUGAUUGUCACCAAUAUACCCUACAUCAUCAUGGCACUGGGUGUGUUCUUCGGUUUGAUGUUUACCUGGCUUGCAUGCCGAGGACAGGGAUCGAUGGAUGAGGGAACAGCAGAUGAACGAGCACCGCUCAUAAGAACUUAACCAUCACUCCCCUCAGUGAAGCAGCAUGUGUUCUGACCUGGACCAUGACACGGGGCCCAUGUCCUCACAGGCUGUGUACGUGUUACAAGGAGGGAAGAAGACACAGAGCCAGCAGGCCAUGAGAGGAGCAUUCUGGCCAGGGGGUAACGGGCAGGCUGACACGGCUGGCCAUUAUGCUUUCUAAGGUCGUGUGGUUUCUGAGAUUGUUUUUUCAUGUGUCUAUGGCGUAUUUAAUAAAUUCUUGUAUAGUAAUUUUUGGGGGAGGGUGCUGGGUUCUGGUGAUUAUGGAAGUCUGUAACCACUGCUGUCAAUGUGUCCUUGCAUCACUUGUUAAUGCUCUUUGGUCUAACCUUAGUCAGUAUACUUUAUUCCCCAAGUUUUGUGCUCCAGGUACACAUGUACUUUAUAUCGUAGUCCUCAUUUUCUCCCUAAACAGAGGUUAACAGUUGGAACCCAGGGUAAAAUUGGUAAACUUCCCGAGUACAGGAGUCAAAUGCAACUGAUUUCUUCUUUUAAAAUGUUACACACUGCAUUUCAUGCUAAUCUUCAAUUUAUAAUUUCUCCAAGAAAAUCCCUUGGUCUUCUGACUAGUUUUAUGCCGGGUAGGAAUCAGGCAGAGAAGGGACAGAGAAAGAUGGUAUCCGUGAGUGGACAGUGACAGGCACUAUGGGAUUUUUGAGUUGUAUUUUUGUGAACCAAGAGAAGGUGUAAAUAAUGUUGGUGAGGAUAAGUAUAGACAUUUCAUAAAAGGUAGAACUAAAUGCUAGUUAUGACACUUGUAGAUAGUUAUUUUUUAGUUAAAAUUAUUUUGAUAUGUAAGAUUUUCUGAGAGAAUGUAAUCAGUAAUUUUUUCCUAGUCACCCCUGUCAAAUAAGAUCCAUAUUAAUACAUUACUAUUGGUUAUUUGUAAAAUUAUGACUAUUGGAAAUCCAUUCAUUCAUAAUCCAAUUUACACACACAUUUCAGGAAGUCUAGAGCAGACAGACAUUUCUGGGGCAGUCUUCUUGAUAACUUUGAAACUGUAUGUGUAAGUUCUUUCCUGAGACUCAAUUCUUUCCAGUGUUUUGUGGUUCACUGUCACUGAAAAAAAUGUACCUUACACUUCCUGUGACAAUCAUUUUUCUGAAUGGCGAGUGUUUAAGAUACUGCACAGAAAGUAAUUUAAAGAAAAAAAUCUCUUGAAAUCUAAAGCAGUGCAACCAAAGGCAAAAGAAUAGGAAACCACUGUUACAUCACCGAGUUUGGAAUUCAGCCAGAGUGAAGGGCGCAUCCUUUGAUUCUCAAAGUUCCACACUGAUUGUAACUAAAAGGCCUACACAGUUACCUGAUGAAGAGCUUAUAAAAUUUGCCAACUCAGUCAUUCCAAGAGAUUGAAAAAAACAACUGGUUUUCAGUGAAAGACAACUAUAGAUAUCUUUUAAUAACUCCUUCUUCCUUUACAGAGGUAAUACAUCAUUUACAUGCCCAGUUUUCCUAUUGCUAUACCAAAGCAGUGUAUUAUGUCUCCCUUUGGAAGGGGCGGUGUAUUAAACUCUCAACAUUUCUAUAAAUCAAGCUGAAAGCUUUUUAUACCAAGUUUUUAGAUAUGCCAAAAUGUCUAAAUUAAAAACCACUUCAAUACUUCCAAGUACAUAGGCUAGGGUUUAUUCAUAUUUAACUUAACAACUGGCAUAUCUAUUCCUAAUGCAUAUACCAGUCCUCAUCAAUAUAAGGAUAUGCCAGGCAGAGAAUGUGCACUGGCUCAGUCCUACUUUGAGAUGUAAUCAUCUGUGAGGAGGAGAUUUUUAAAUACUCUUAAGUCAGUAAUGGUGAACCUUUCAGAGCUUUCAGUGAUACAAACAGCCAGCGGCAGCACGUAUGUCACAGGUUUGCUACCCCUGCUCUGAGUGAUAACCAACUAAUCAGGUGCACAUUUAGAUUGAGUCCCAUGAAGGCAAGAAGACCCAACACUAAUUCCAUAUUUACAUCAUUAUUCUUACUUACUGGUGAAAACUACAUUUGGUAUUCCCUUCUGAAAAGUCUGUGGCAAGCCCAUGCAUUGUAGUGAGAAUUCCAGGUUGGUUAAGAAGAAUGAAUUCGCUUGUUUGGUUUUAGGUUUAGAAAGCCAGAUUUUCCUCAGGUGCAUUCUCUCGCAGCCUUUAUCCUAGAAGCCACCCAAAUGUGCUGUUAUUGUCAGGGUGGUCAGCAGUCACAGAAUGGCAGCCAGGGCAAACUGGGACUUGAGCACAGGGCAGGAGAUAGGCUUUGCCACUUUUAGCUCCAGGCUUUUUUGUUCUAGAAAGAUCAUUAAUGGUCAAAGUGGAACAAGUACUACAUGACUGACCCCUAUUGGGGUUUUUACUUAAGGGAGGCUAGUUUUUCAUUUAAAUUGCUUAAGAGAUGAAUUCUGCAAAAGGCUAUCCUCAUCCUUGGCCCUCUGCGCACGAUUACUGGAGUAAACUGCUUGUGCUAUGAAAGAGAACACUGACCAGAGUGCUCUCCAUGCAGCUUGUACAGUUGAUUCCUUUCAUGUGACUCUUGACCUGUUUUACUUCUACCCUUAACACAAUGAAAUGUUUCACUAAUAAAAAACAACUUUAUACAAAAGUA